AUAUAUAUAUAUAUAUAUAUUCUGGUAAAUUGGACAAUACGGGAUACUUACAGUAUUCUUGUAGUGACUAGAUCACAACUACAGCAGAGCUGCUGCUCACAUAUGUGCAAGAUAAGCGUAAAUCGGAAGUACUAAAUUUCGUCAUAAAUUCACCAAUGUUAAGAAAAGGUCAUUUCUUUUGCAUGCAUACGAAAUCAACUAGCUGGUUAAUUAGCAUAUUCAGUCAGUCAGCAUAUUACUGAACAAUUAAGAAGUUACACUUUUAUUUAGGCUAUUUUUCGGGUUCUGAAUUUGAACAUUUUCAUCUCUUUGUAAAAAGCUUUGACCUAUGAUGGUCUCGGGUAGUUUAAAAUACAUCUAAACUAGAAGAUAAAUACAAUCAUAGCUAGUAUCAAGUCAGACAAACAAACAGUUCAUUAUGUUAGUGGUUUAUUAAUUAGUUACUAUAUUGACCACGAAACUCCCCCAAAGUCUUUGUUGUUUCCAAUCCUAAGUUCUAUCCAUCUUUAAGUAUCAUUGAGAGAGCAUAUUUGUUCCAAUUUCCAAGAUUUUGAUACCUGAUUUUAAUUAAUACUGAGAAAACGUGCCAUAGCAUGGUGUUUUAUCAUCUUAAGCUAGCAAUAUAUCUAAUGUAUAUGGUAAAAUAUUAAUAAGCUUUUGAUUGUAAUCUACUCUUUAAAUGAACCUUGGAUUGAUAAUAUGCUCUUUAAUUAAAUUUUCACUUGUCAAGUCCUUUCUAUUUGUUAAGUUGUAUUGUAUUGAAGUAACCAUAAGGCGUGAAUACUUUCUCAAGUACUUAUUCGUAAACCUUUUGGAUCGAAUAGAUAUCCGUAAGGAAAAAUUGUAAAGUACUUUUGUUAACUUCACUUUAUUAUCUAAGUGUAAUUUUUUCCAAUUAGUUCUGAGUUGUAUUAUUUGACAAUGGUUUAUUCAACAUUUUUAGAGAAUGAGAAUCGACGACAUAAAAUUUAUUCUUUGUUGGACCAUGAUUGUUCGUCAAUAUGUGAUACAAUGUAAUGUUGCUUAUAUAACCUACUGUCCAUGCAUGGGUCGGCUUGGAAACCAGAUAGAACAGUUCCUAGGUAUGAUUGCAUUUGCAAUUAAACUAAACCGUACUCUUGUUUUGCCUCCAUGGAACAUUAUGUCAUCUUUGCAGGCUAAUUUUGUGCCUUUUGGAAACUUAUUUAACAUCACUACACUUCUACCAGUUCAUCAGGUUGUUUCACUGGAGAGUUUUAUGUUGAAUGAAGCUCCUGUCAUCUGGCCAGCAGCUAAACGUACAGCGUUAUGCUUUCGACCUAGAUCGGGUCCUUUAUUUAAUGAUUGUAAUGCUAAAAACGGGAAUCCUUUCAAAGAAUUUUGGGAUAAAUUUAAUGUCAGUUUCACAGGUUCUAGUUUCUAUUUUCCUCUAAGUACAGAUGAUCCUAAAGAGAAGUGGGAUCAGUUAUUUCCUUCAGAAACUUACCCAGUUCUUGCAUUCAUUGGACCGCCUUCGUCUUUCCCUGUUCGUCCUGAAAACCGUGUAUUCCAUCGUUAUUUAGAAUGGAAUAGUCAUAUUAAUCUAGUCACCGAGAAUUUUAUAAAUCGAUGGUUAAAUAAACCUGUAGUUGGAGUUCAUUUACGUAAUGGAGAGGAUUUUUCAAAUGCUUGCUCACAUUUAAAAAGUGGUUUACGUAUCUUGUUCUCAAGCGCUCAGUGCCAUGGUGAUUUUAAUGAACUUCCUCCUUACAAAGUAACAGAAGAUAUGUGCAUCCCCUCAAAAGAAUUAGUUCUUCAUACAAUUUCGUACGGUGUUCGUUUAAUUAAAGCAAAAACUAUAUAUGUAUCUACUGAUAAUGAUCCUAUGUUGUCAUUAAUUCGCCGUCACUUUAGUGAUACAACUGUUCAUGUAGUUUUCUGGGCAGUAUUAUAAUGGUAGCCAAGUCUAACAGUUGCCCAUCUUUUCAUCCACUAUGUGACCCAUAUAAUGGCCAGUCUUCAAUGCACUAACUUUGGUGUAUAUCAUACUUUUGUUGAGGCACUCAUCCUGUUCUCUAAGUAGUUUUCGAAAAUAUGGGUAUCUUCAUCUAUUUGGUACUUCAGCAAAUCAACGUUAAGCAACAUUAUUCAUAAAUUGUUCAUGUGAAACAUAAUCAGUAAUAAUUACGAAAAAUUGAGCACUGAUUAGAAAGAUGUUCAACAUUAGCUGUAAGAUUCUCUUGUCUUUUACAGUAGAUAUUGUAUGGGGUGAAAUUGUUUUCCGACUUGUUUUCAAAUACAUUUGUUUCAUAUCAGUUUUUUCGGAAUUUUCACUUAAUAAGAACGCUUUUUAAACAUUUGUUCUACUAUGGACUGUUUACUAUGACAUUUUUAUAAAAUACAUUAGUUCUAGUCUUCGUUUACAAUUCCAUACUGUUCAGAUAAAACAGUAGACCAACUAACUCUGGUUUAUAUUGCGUACAUUUAGGAAGUUUAAGAACACUUGAAAAUAAUGACGACGUAAAUUAUAAGUAAAUGAUAAUGCACUGAUUAAAUUAACGUUUUUCAAUUUGUCAUAUACCCACUAUUAUGUGCCGUUCACUGUGCUUUACGCAUCGUACAGCCUCUAAGAAGGUUUCAAACUAUUUAGAUUUGUUCCUUUGGUUAAUAAAUUAUAAUUCUGAUGAGUAAACAAGUUUUCGAUAACGCCUC